UCAGAGCAAUAAACAAAAUCUUUAUGCUCACCUGCCAGAGAGGCAAAAAUAACUCUCGAGAAGCAAUUUAUACCUUCCUGAACGCGAUAAGGAAAGGAGUGGCAUCAAGCUGUUGCCAUUCAAGUUGCCAUUCCCCUGGAAGUUAAAACUAUAUUCAUUCUUGAAUUGAUAUCUAUCACAUUUGUUAAAUUGUGACUUCAUCUUUGGUAAAUAUUAGGCAUCAUAAAUUAAUUUAUAAAAGUAUCCACUUGAUAUUUUACAUGGCCUGCAGUAUUUAUAUUCUUCUGUUUCAAUAAUUUGUCUGCUCUUUCAUCCCAGGUUUAUAUGCAAGUAUCUUGCUGCCUCACUUCAGUGCAAAUAUGUACAUUACUAUCUAGGAGGGCAAAGUAUUAAUUUACUCUAGGAGUUGCAAAGCAGUAUUUUAAAAUGGCUUAUUGUAGUGUUUCAUUUCAUCAGCUCAGAAGUACCAAAAGUUCUGUCAGACUAGAAUUUUAUCACUCAUUACCUAUGAAAUCCAUUUAAUUUGCUGAGUGCUGUUAAAUGCAUCUUGAAAUUUUAAAGCAGACUAAACGUAUCUUAGAAGUGUAUUUGUGGGGGAUGGGAUCUAUGCAAGGAUAAAUUAAUAGAAAUAUAAGCCCUUUCACAUGCGUUGGGGACAAAAGUCUUCCUAUGUAAGUUGCCUUCCCCCGCAAAAGCAUUGCUUUAACUGAAGAAAAAGCCCUUCUUAGAGAAAAGGAAAAGUUGUAUUUAACUCAAUAAUUGUAAUGUUCAUUUAUCAGGAAGAUUUUAUUUUGUUUAUAUACUGCCUUUCUUCACAGCUUCCAUUAUAAUCAGUUCAUUCCAGAUGUUCAGGUUGUAGCUUAAAAUAUUGAUACUUAAAUGGGCCCUUAAAUGCCAGCUAUCUAGUUAUUUAUCUUAUUUGCAGCACUGUUCUCUUUUCUGUAAACUAAGGGCUAACACAAUAUAAUUCGUUUUCCAAUGCUGCAUCUGAAUUCAUGUAUUAUAUAUAAGAAAUAAUUGCAACUUUUGGAUUUUUAUUGUCUCUUUUAUUAGAAUGCAUUCUAAUAUGACUGCAAUCAUAAACAUAAUUAUGCAGGAGUAAAUUUAAAUUAUUCAGACAUUCAAGUAAAUAGUAUCGUAUAACAUUAGGAAAUACCUAUAUUCGUCUAUUGAAUGUUUCAUAGUAGUCAAUUUGAUCUGUAAAAAGUAUUCAAGGUAUAGCCUUCCUAAAUGUUUGCACUUUCUUUUCGAAAAUGUUUAUUGUGCCAUAAAUAUUGACAUAUUGCUUCUUUAUCCACAAAAUAAAGCCUAGCUAUAAUGUUACAAUGAAGAGAUAUUUUUUAAAUAAUUAUAACUGCAGUCCUAUACUUAUCUACUCAGAAACAAUGCAUUUUGCAUUCAAUAGGACUUACAUCCAGGUAAGUAUGUAUAGGAUUUCAGCCCAAAAUAAUGUUGAUGAAGUGAAUGCGGUCAGUCCAACCCGUUCCUUUCUUGAAAAGUAGGGCACAUUUCAAAAAUAUUGCAGGAUAUUUAGAAGGCCUUUGUAUUUAAUUAUUUUAAAAUAAAAUUCAUGCUUAUCUGAGACAGGCGCACAUGCACAUACACACCGUUUUCCUUUGCAAAGAACAUUAGGACCCAAAAAGUAUUUAUUGUACAUUACUCAGCUGUACAACUUUGCAUUUUAAACUGUUUUCUUGUACCUUAAAUAUGGUCUCUUGUAGUUAGCUGCAGAGAUCUUAAUAUAGGCAAAUCAAGUGGAUUUAUUGCAUAUUUCCUGUGAGCUUCUGUAUUGUUUUAGAUUGGCUGAUCAGAAAGAGGCAGAUGGCAACUUGGAAGGCAAACUGCUAGGAACUUACAGAGCUCCUUGGCAAUGAGUACAGUUAAAUUGGCCAACCAAUUCUUAAUUGUUCCCUUUCAGAACUACCAAGUUGAUUGCAUUUAAAAUUGCUUUUGUUCUUUUCCAUGGAAGGAAUUAAGAUUGGGCAUUUUGAGUAGUUAGACUCCUGAAAAAUACAGGCAUUUUGUGAAAAGGAGUAAUUUUGCCUGUUUAUUCGUUAUGUCAACUUUCUAUGAAUAUUUUUGUAGGAUUUCUGCUCUUUUAACAUUUUGUCCUUGUUUUAUGCUUUUGGGGUUUGCUCUUCAUUUCUCCUUCUGUGCAAUAUGAGAGAGAACCUGCCUUUCCUUCUCCCUCUGUCCAGUGUAAGGGCACCUGAAUGCAUGAAUAGGCUGUCCAUACAGGCAUGAGGGCAUAUAUCUAUAAUAAGAGUUCUGUUAUUGGCUCUCAGGCAGAGCAUUCAGGGAUGCGCACAUACUACUUUAGUGCAGAUACUCAAGAAGAUAUGAAUGGCUGGAUCCGGGCUAUGAAUCAAGCUGCCCUUAUGCAAACUCGCUCAUCACCAAAGAGAGAAAUAGAAAAAACAGAUCAGCAAGCUGUUCCUCAAGCUAAUCAUGUGGAUGUUGGUAAAGAUUGUGUGAAGUUAGAACCUACUGAUAUAAAAGGAAGUUACAGAAAAUCACCUGAAACUUCUGCAUUUGAUAAGCAUGAUGAAAAGAGAAAAUCAAGAGAAGAUGAGCAUUACUCUUUCAGGAAGAACACUGUGGAAUCAAAAAGGGAAAAAUCUAAAAAUCUGUUGGAGGCUGGCACACUGAAUCCAGAGGCAAGUGUGGCUCGGUCUCAAGCACCUCAGCCUGUUGAGAAAAAUGGAAUGCUUUCCAAUUCAUUAAAUUCAAGUACUGGCCUAGUAGAGCAGAAUGGCAUCGGUUUAUAUAAACGAGGAGUUGUUCCCAGACCAAUUCAGAAUAAGCAGACACAAAGGAAAAACAACAUGGCUCACAUAGAGCAUUGGGUAAAAGUUCAAAAAGGAGACACAAAAAGUCUUGCAUCUGAACAGACUCUUACUCGCCAAGUGCCCAGCCAUUCUGUAUCCUUUCCUGAAAGUUAUCACACAUUGCCAAAGAAUUCCAGGCAGCCUUCAGGAAGCUCACCUCCCCCAAAUCGCAAUUUGCCAAGUGACUAUAAGUAUGCUCAAGACCGGGUUAGCCACUUGAAGAUGUCCCAUGAUGAAAGAAGAGCUAAUAAAGAUGGUACUGUAUGGCAGCUGUAUGAGUGGCAACAAAGACAGCAGUUUAAACACGGCAGUCCAACAGCACCUAUUUAUAUUGGUUCUCCAGACUUUACAGACCGUGGUAAGGGAAGAAGUUCACUAGAUGUUCCGCGUUCAGUUUCUGUUCCCCCAUCUCCUUCUGAUAUACCUCCUCCAGGACCACCUAAAAUCUUUGCUCCCCGAAGACCACACACUCCGGCAGAAAGGGUUACUGUCAAACCAUCUGAGGAGAGACAGAUGAUAGACAUUCCUUUUGCUGCAUCCCCAAGGAAGAUUCGAAACCAAACUAUAAAGAACUCAACACACCUGGAUAGGCGCUCCAUGCCUACAAUGGGAUAUAUGACCCAUACUGUAAGUGCUCCAAGUUUGCAUGGGAAAUCAGCUGAUGAUACAUACAUCCAACUGAAAAAAGAUCUUGAAUAUCUGGAUUUGAAGGUGACAGGACGUGAUACAUUAAAGGAACGAAAUACAAAGCCCAUCAGGAUUGGAGAAAGUGAUAUUGAUGUGAAGCUAAGUGUCUUUUGUGAACAAGACAGGAUUCUGCAAGACCUAGAAGACAAAAUAAGAGCUCUGAAAGAAAAUAAAGAUCAGUUGGAAUCUGUCUUGGAAGUGUUACAUAGGCAGAUGGAACAAUACAAAGACCAACCACAACACACUGAAAAAAUUUCAUACCAGCAGAAACUUUUGCAAGAGGAUCUGAUACAUAUACGCGCAGAAAUAUCCAAAGUAUCUACAGAAAUGGAAAAUGCCUGGAAUGAAUAUCUGAAAUUGGAAAAAGAUGUAAACCAGCUUCAGCAAGCCUUACAGGAACAGAUGACUAAAUCAUUUUUUUCUCAGGAGAAAGCUCAAAUGCAAAAAGAUUUAUGGAGAAUUGAAGAUGUUACAGCUGGCCUAAGUGCAAAUAAAUCCAACUAUAAAGUAAUCAUAGAAUCUAUAAAGAAUCCAGAAAGAAAAACAGUGCCUUCAUUUUCAAAUCCUCUAGUGCCUUCAUUAUCAUCUACUCUCAUGUCAACAGACAACAAACUUUCUACUCAGCGAAGUCCACCACCAUCUAGCCCUGUCAAGUCCUCUUUGGAAGUCAGACUUUUUCCUCAGCCUUAUACACAGCCUAGAAUGUUCUCUCCAUCCCAACAAAUGAAAAAAGUUGAACCACCAGCCCAGUCACCGAUAAAAUUGAAGCCAAAGGUUGAAGAUGAAGCACCACCAAGACCUCCUCUUCCACAGUUGUACAGCCCUGAUGACAACCCACCAGCCAUCCCACCUCUUCCCAGGGAAGCCACUGUCAUCAGACACACAUCAGUGCGGGGUCUGAAACGCCAGUCAGACGAAAGAAAACGAGACCGUGAACUAGGGCAGUGUGUGAAUGGAGAUUACAGGGUAGAGCUUCGCUCGUACGUGAGUGAACCUGAACUGGCAACAAUAGGCAGUGAUUUGAGCCAACCUUCCAUUGGUUUUCUAGGUACUGACAGUAGAUACCAAACAUUGCCUAGCAGGGGAUUAUCUGGGUCAACUUCCAGGAUCCAUCAGUCAUCAGCAGGUUCAUCAUAUGCAACACUUCGAAGAGAUGGUUCCAAGGAGAGACCAAAGAGUGCCUUGGAACGUUUAUACUCUGGAGACCACCAAAGAGGCAAGAUGAGUGCAGAAGAACAACUAGAAAGAAUGAAGAGACAUCAAAAGGCAUUGGUUCGUGAACGCAAGAGAACUCUUGGUCAAGGAGAAAGACAGUCCAUCUCAUCGCGAUCUUUCAUCCGACCUGUUUCUGCAGACAUAGGCUCAUGGAAGCGGGAGCAAGAAUUUGACUUGCAGCUACUGGAAAGAGCAGCACGCACUGACCAACAAAAGGAAAAUAACUGGUUUAAAGCCGAGCCUGUAUCAGUGACAGAAGCAGAUCUAGAACCUCAAGAAUAUAAUUUUGAUAUUAGCAAAGAGUUGUCAAAACCUGAAAAGGUUGCAAUUCCUGAACGUUAUGUUGAACUGGAACCUGAAGAACCUCUCACUCAAGAAGAAUUAGCAGAAAGGCACCGUAAGGCAGAAAAAAUAAAGAAUAUUCUUACCAGGUCAAGUAUGCACAAUCUACAGACUCCAGCUCAGGACAAAAACAGCUCUGCUGAUUUAGAUUCACAGUUACAGGAGCAAGAACGCAUCAUUACCAUAUCAUACGCAUUGGCUUCUGAAGCCUCUCAGCGGAGCAAGGAGGUGGCAGCCAAAGCAGUAACUGAACACUGAUACCUGAUAUACACAAGUAACAAGCAUCUGAUGAGCAAAUUGAAGCAAGGAGGAAGACAGUUCGCUGUGUUAUCCGUCGUUUGGGCUUAAUUCUUAUCUGAACACACUUUACAGUUGCAAAUGAAAUAACUUCAUAGACAGUUUCUUUACAAAAAUAGAGAACAAUGUCAUUUACCUGUCUGUCUUUUUUAUACAAACAGCACUUUGAAUAUACUAUGUAAAUACUGGCAUUGGCCACAAUCUACCACACAGUCAAAUGCAUUUAAGCCGUGUUGAUAUUAAUAAGUUUUAAGGGUGUAAUGUGCUGGAUUGAAAGCCAGUGGGUAUUUUUAGCAACAGAAUGUAUAUUAGAUUUCUUUUUUAAAAAACAACACAAAAUAAGGGCUGUGUCAUUUAAAAGACCAGAUAUAUCCUAUAAGGACAGGGGGCUGCCUUUGUUUUUAAAAACAAACAUCUUUUGGAAGCACACUGUAGCAUUUAGGCAGGAGUAAAUUUCUAUUUUUUCAGAAUUGAUGAUGCCUUUGUGACCACUGAUUAACACAAUCAGGUGGUAUUUUAUUAAAGUAGUCAAAAUUUCAGAGAUUCUGGAAUCUCAUGCAAACACCGAAAGCAAAUACAAAACUUUCAAAGGAUGCACCACUUUUAAUCAUUUUUAUAAUUUUCUAGCAUUGGCAAUAGCUGUAAGCCCCUAUCCUGUUAAUACAUAACUUAAGAACUGUACAGUUAUUUCUUUUAAAAAAAUUAAACUUAGGGUCUGCUCAAUGAAAUGCUUAUGGAACAAUCCAGUCCCUAUCCCAUCACAGAUAUAGAGCCCAUGUAUCACAAAGCAUUUCCACGGAGGCAAAUAAAACCUUGAUUCUUUCUCUUUUUCCAUAUUCCACAUCAGAGCACCAACAUAGCACAUGGAAACAGCAGGCCAUUCUGUGGAUUGAGAAGUGUGGCACAUCUCUCUUCUCUCCACCUUUCCUUCCCUCCUGCCUCUGAGUUAUGCAAGCCCUAAGUUUGACUAGCACGUAUCAUGCAGAGCAGGCAGGGCAGGAGGUAUGCACAAGAUCUCCUUCUCCCUGAAAUGGCCUCUUGGACCGCUUCAUGACCAAUGUGCACACUGAAGAGGAGAAAGAGAAAGGACAUUGAUCUCAGUUGAAUCCGCUCCAUGUAGGUACUUUACACAAGGUAGAUCAUCCCUUUUAAAUUGAACCAUAUGCAAUGAGCAAUACAACUGUUAAUCAAUUGUAUCAUUUUACUAGUGAAUUUUAUCUAUAUUCUUUAUAAUCAGUGUUUUCAGCUGCAGCAAAGCAAACAUUAUUUACUGUCAGGUAUUUAUAAUUUAGUAUAUUAAUUCAGCUAGUGCCCUGAGUGUAAUAUGAAUUCAAGCAUGGUAUCAUUUCUUGAGUCUUGGGCAAAGGACUGGCUAAUGAAAAGAAACAACUGAUGAAUCGCUGAUGAUUUUUAACUUGAAAAUAUGUGUGAAUACUAAAGUGUGUGGCUUGCUGAUAUCCAAUGUUUUGCUUGGUGGAUUCAAAAAUGAAUUCAGACAUACUUGCAAUACAGUGUGAAAUUUAUUGCCGCAUUCCACUGUUGUACACUCCUUUUAUAUAGAAAAUAUGAUGGGAUGUGGGACUAUUUAGACUAUUCUGGUCAAACUGAUGGUAUAAGCCAGAUUUUCCCACUCUGAUGCCCUCUAGAUGUUUUGGACUACAACCCUUGUCAAGACCAGUCAGCAUGGCCAAUAGUAAGGCAUGAUGGGGUUUGUAGUUCACAUUACCUGAAGGACACUUAAGAUGUGGAAGGCUGGUAUAAACUGUUGCCUUAGGACCUGUCUAUGCUUUACACUGUGCACACAGAGGCCACUUUAAAUAGCUUUGCCAUGUGAGGAUAACCUCCAUGCCAUCCCCAGCUGCCACUAGGAAUAGCCAGCGGCAAUAUGAACUAAUGGCAGAUAUCCACGUGGUAAGCUGUCCGAGGUCUGAACGCUUUACAUGUAAAGGCUGUUGUGCGUCCGGGUUGUGGGAAAUGUAACAUGUAAAUAGGCAGUUAGUUCCUACCAUUUGGAGCUAUUAUACAAAAGCCUACAAGUACAGGAACUUCCCAAUCCCUCCUUUAAGAAUAGAAUGUUUGAUAUGGACAAUGAGAGAUACAGAAUUUUGCCUUCUCACUGAAAAGAUUGGGGAAGGCCUUAUGCUUGUGAAGUUCCUUUUGAUCUUGGCCAUUAUUGGUAUUAUUAAAUGUUAAUGAGCUCUUGCAGCAUAGAAUAGGAAUGCACUAUAUAGAUUUAGUGGGCCAGCUUGCAUGGCACAACAGCCCACUGUGGCUUGAUUUACCUGGCAGGAGCUGCAGCACAUGUUGGUCAGUAUUUUAAAUAUGCAAGCCCUGGUUGGGGGUUCCAGUUGAUUUGUGUUGCCUGAACCCAAGCAGUGGUGGUUAUUUAACAGUUAAACAACCAUCCAAUUAGUCUAAAACAGACUAUGGCUUCAGUAAAGGUUGCUUAACCUUCAAAUAAACCCCAGUAACCAGGUUUAUAUUAUAUAUCAAGCCACAGUAAGCAUUGUUAUGGCUUCAUAUUAUUAAAUUAAGCCAGCAUAUACCAUAGCACCCUGAAGGUAAAUUAACCCAAAGUAGGCUGUUAGGUCAUCCAAACCAGGACCAAGUAUGAAAAACUGAAUUCAAGAUGUCCUUGCCAUGUUGGCUUUCCAAAAUAUAUGCUGCAGAACAACUGAAGGUAACGGUCAAACUCUGGAGAACUGCACACCCUUGACCUGUGUUGCUUUGGGAUUGUUUCUGAACUGUAGUCCCCUGCACUGCACAACAAGCUAAUGUUGAGAUUUUGGAAGAAUUUCAAAAUCUGCUUGUGAUGCUCCUUUGGGGAAAGAAUGCCAUUAAAGGAACAAAGUCCUCUAGAACCACAAAAGUCUUGUCUAGGUAGGCCGACAGGAGCUCCCUUGGCUGUAGCCCAUACAUUUUAUCAUUUUAUUGGACUGUCUUUUGGGGAGCAUUGAGGCUUUAAUUAUAUGCAAUUCUGCUUCAGACUAGAAAGGAAUAGGCAGAACAGGUGUAACAAAUUCAGAUGUCAGGAAUAGGUGGGGAAUGUUAUUUUUUUCAGAAAUACACAUAGUACAUAAUACAGUAUUCAUAAUACAGUAAACAUAGUGCAGUCUCAGUUUGUCCUCUGACUAACGGUGGGUCUGUGUUAAGGAAGUACUGUAGUUUUUGUACAUUUCCACUUGUCUGCUCAGCCUGUGUUCUUGAGGUAAAAUGCACCACAUUUCACAAGUGACAGUAUAAUUUUUUUCCUUACAUGGAAAUUCUCUCUUUGUAAGAAAAAAAAAUCAUCUGUGAUUCACCUUUGUGAUAUAUAUGUCUUGAAGUGGUAACAAAUCUACUCUUAAUGCAAACCUGCUUUCCAAUAUCCCUUUUUUAGGGGUGGUCAACAAAUGGAUUUAAAGAUAUCUACUAGAGCAGUUGAAGUUUCAUAAAAGGAAAAGCUCAGUUAUGUGUUUUUAUCCUUCCAGUAAGUUAUUUAAUUAAAAAAUACUGUCUCCACCUAACUUUUGAAUCUCAUCACAAGUAACUGCAAGUGAAUUUAAAAUUAUUAAAUAAAACUUCUUACUCUAUUUUGACUAUACUUGGAAGCUAUGCUUGAGAAAUGUAUUUAGAAAAUGCCAUCUAUUUUUAACUAACUGAAUACUGCCAGUGUCAAGUCUGUAACUUUUUGCCAAAAUGAAAUUAUUUUAUUUUUUGCCUUUAUUAAAAUGCUGAAAAAAUAUUUUGCAAGAAAGCAUUAAUGUACAUAAAAUGUAACAGUUUGGGGAUAAUGUACAUGUAUAUAUUAAACUAUUAACAUAA